AUGCCCAAAACCAAAGAAGCGUCUCUCUCUGCACCUGAACUUAUGAUGUUGAGAGAAGCAAAACUUGUAGGGGUAGGCCUCAUAACACUCCACUUCAGUUUUCUUUCAUUUUGCGCUGCUAGUGAAAACCAGCCCUGCAGGCCCUCUUCUUGCGGAGAUAUUCAAAACAUCAGCAUCCCAUUUCGAUUAAAAGGAGAUCCGCUCGGUUGUGGUCAUCCUGAUCCUGCAUACGAAUUGGUUUGUGAAAACAAUCGUACCAUCUUUUAUGGGAAAUUCUAUGUCGAGGAGAUCAAUUACCAUAACUACACCGUCAGAGUAAUAGUUGCUGGGCUAGAGAAGAGCAACUGUUUCUCCCUUCCUCUCUAUUCCUCGACAAUAGAUGAUCUAUAUGUAAAUGAGUAUAAAUAUCUUGAUGAACUGGAUACUGUACUUUUGAUGAACUGUGCAAGACCAAUCUUUGAUCAAUACUACAUUCCUAUUGUUCCCUGCAACCGCACUGAUGCUACUUUCUCUUCCUCACAACCAUAUGCUUAUGCGCUCGCUGGAGGCUACAAGCAGGUGAAAGAUCUUCCAUAUUCGUGCACCAUUGGCUCGACUGUUGUUACUCGCAGUUUCAUGGCUGUUUCAGAGCCCUGCAAUCUUUCAAGCUCAGAUUUGCAAGAAAAGCUGCUUAUGGGGCUCCAGCUUUCAUUUUUGAGGUCCCGCUGCCUUGAAUGCACAGUGAAAGACAGCUGGUGCAGACCAAAUUUCAGCAACAACACUAUACAAUGCCUGGAUUAUAAUAGAAGAAACUUUGAAACACUUAGAAGUCCCUAUACAACCCAAGGACGUGAAACUGUUUUUUUCCUAACUGGGUAUUCUGGGACCAUUGCAAUUGGUACGGCUUUGAUAGUUCCUUCCAUCAUUUUCCAUGAUUUACAAAUUGAACCUUUCAUCGUCAUGCUUCAUAUUUUCUAA